AUGGCGUCCAAGAAGGUGUCCAUUCUCAAGUUCGUCGGGACCGUCUCCCUCGGUCUCUUCACAGGCGCAUCAUAUACCCUUUCGACCUUCACCAUCCCCCAACUCCUCGAUCUUCCCUCCGCCUCAAGCGCCGCCAAGGCCUUCCGCUCCAUCAGCAACACCGCGACAACUCACCUCAAUGCUCUGAGCGGUGCCACCGCUUCCGCAUUCCUUCUCGCCUUCGCUCUCUCCCCGCGCGGCUUCAGACACCCCUACCUGCUCUACACGUCGCUGUUCGUACUCGGUACCCGCCUCACCGGCUACGUCACACCCGCUAUCUUCGGGCCGCCUAGCGACUUCUCUCAGAAGAGAGCCGCGGCAGCCAAGGCCAACAAGGAGAAAUUGGCUGCAAGACGCAUGGAUCAGAGCUACGAGUUGCUAGGCGACACACAUGACGACGAGGGCCUGAGUGGCGUAGACGACGAGGAAGAGAUCAACGGUGAGGAGGUCCGCAGCGAGGUCGAGUUCUUCGUCAAGAACCAGUUGGUACAGACUGCGCUGGCCGGCAUUGGCUUUGCCAUGGCUGUCGUUGGUAUCUGGGGAGACGGUGUUUUUGAUUCUGUGACCGAGACCGUGGUGGUUGCCAUAUGA